AUAAAUAACAUCCAUAAAUCAGUCUUCAUCUUCCGACCAUAAAACCUCCUGCCCAAGCAAAACGGCAAGAAAACUCCAUUAUCACUAGAAACUUCUAGAUGCAAUUCCUCCAUAAAUCCCCCCCUUCCUUGAACGUGCUCUGCAUAUGCACUGCACCACCAUUACGAGGCUAAGCAACCUUAAACCACCCAAUCACAGAUUCUUCAACAUGGGCAUGAUUUUUGGGAAAAUCAGCGUUGAAACACCCCACUACGAACUUAUACAAUCCACACCCGAUUAUGAAAUCCGCAAAUACUCACCUUCCGUCGUAGCAGAGAUCACAUACCAUCCAUCAAAUUUCAAUGGCAACAAAGAUGGUGGGUUCUCGGUGUUGGCAAACUAUAUAGGCGCCUUGGGGAAUCCACAGAACGCCAAGCCCGAGAAGAUUGCCAUGACAGCACCUGUCAUAACACAAUCUUCCACCAGCGAGAAGAUUGCCAUGACUGCGCCUGUGGUGACAAAAGGCGGUGGAGGGGGGGAGAACAAGGCAGUGACAAUGCAAUUUUUACUGCCUGCCAAGUACCAGAAAGCAGAGGAGGCGCCAAAGCCACUGGAUGAACGAGUGGUGAUAAGGGAGGAAGGGGAGAGGAAGUAUGGAGUGGUGAGGUUUGCAGGAGUGGCAACAGAGGAUGUGGUGAAUGAGAAAGUUAACAAGCUGAGGAAGAGCCUGGAGAAAGAUGGGUAUAAGGUGAUUGGGGAAUUCUUAUUGGCCAGAUAUAAUCCCCCUUGGACUUUGCCAACAUUGAGAACUAAUGAGGUUAUGAUUCCAGUUGAAUGACGCCGUGUAAAAGCAUAUAUAUAUAUAUAUAUAUAUAUAUAUAUAUAGCUAAGUAAAAUUAGAGAAAUUAUCUACUGGAAAUAAAUGUUUUAAAGUCAUAACAAGCAUGAAUCUCCAAACUUUUUUUUUCCUGCCUUAAAACCCAAUAGUAGAUACUUACAACCCCGGACUAUAAAGAAGUUCUCUUCUAGAUCAAAAUGAGAAGUUAUCAAUGUUCUCAAAAGCCAUGGACAUCCCUUAACCUGUUCAUUAUCAGCCAGAAAA